AUGUCUCGAGGCUCGCCAGAAUUGGGAAGUCUUGCCGUUCAAGCACCCUCGCUCACACCUCAGGUCGUCCACGUCUCCCCGUCGACAUGUCAUAAUCUCUCCGUAUUCAAAGAGCUGAUGAAAGAGUAUCGCCGACUGGAUGACUCAAUCACCAUGCGUCUGAAUCGGACGAACGCACAGUUUCGUGACAAGGAUCGCCUGGCGCCCUCCUCUUCCGGUGGGAAGAUGAGUCAGACCGUCCAAGACCAAGCAUGUUUGUAUGUAUGGAAAGAACUCGUCGAGAACUGGCGAAGACGGACCGAGAUUAUCGACUAUUGCGUGGGCGUCGUGGAUCAAUCAAUGGAGCAAAAACGGACGGUCAUCCAGGAGAAGGAAGACGAUCCGGCAGGACAGAGGAAGAUCCAGGGUGCGUUGUUUGCCGAGGAGGUCAAGCGAAAUCAAGUGCAUAACGAGCUCGCCGUCGAGAAGAUCGUUCGCCGCCGAUCCCUUGAUGCGUUUACAUCGCGUUGCCGGUAUUUCUCACCACCGCCGACGGAGGUGGAGGCUCGGAAAUGGUGGGAGGCUGCCCAAGAACGAUCAUAGGCUCAGGCUCGAAAAUUGUUCUGCGCCCGAGUAUCGUCGCAGUUGCGGUUGUCUUCGUCGUCGUCUCACAGCAUCGGAUGUAACCUUAGCACCAUUUCAUUUCCAUCU